UCCUCUCUUGCUAUAAACGGACGCCCCCAUCCCUCUGAGGCAGAGAACCCCAUAUCGGCUGUACAGCAGCACACGUCAAGAAAAUGAAGCUAAUAUUCUUCCUCGUUCUCUGCCAUCUCCUGCUGUCCGGGACUCAUGGUGCCGACUUCUGUGUCGGCGACUCGUCGAAGCCGAGCAGCCCCGCAGGCUUAGCCUGCAAGAUGGUGUCCGACGUCACCGUCGACGACUUUGCCUUCAGCGGCCUGGCUGCCGCCGGCAACACCAGCAACAUCAUUAAAGCAGCCGUCACUGCUGCCUUCGUCACGCAGUUUCCCGCCUUAAACGGCCUCGGCGUCUCGGCCGCUCGCAUUGACAUAGCCGUCGGAGGAGUGAUUCCGCUGCACACGCACUCGGGGGCCACGGAGUUGCUGGUGGUCCUGAAGGGGGAGAUCUGCGCCGGCUUCAUCUCCAACGCCAACGACGUCUAUUACAAGACCGUGAAGGCGGGGGAGGUAAUGGUGUUCCCCCAGGGGCUGCUGCACUUCCAGAUCAACUCGGGGUCGUCGGAGGUGGAAGCCAUUGCCUUCUUCAACAGCCCCAGCCCGGGCCUGCAGAUUACGCCCAUUGCAUUGUUCGGCAACGCCCUGCCCUCCGACCUGGUGGCCGGCACCACCUUCAUCAGUCUCUCUGAGAUCACGAGGCUCAAGGGAAUUCUUGGAGGAUCCAAUUAAUCUUUAUGGAACCACCAAGUAAUCGCUAGCUGUGUUUCUGUUUGUGCUGCUCCCAUCCUUUCGUCUCCUGGUUUUUCUUCUUCUUAUCUGUACCGUUGGUCGAUUUCCUCUCCCCAGUUCGUAGUAAGCGCUAUGAGUCUCCCAUGUACGAAGAAUGAUAGCACGUAACUAGUGAGUCUAGUCUUUUGUAUUGAUCCUGUGACUUGGUAAGUGGUCAAUAAUCCCAGCCCAGCUGCACUUACCUGAUAAAAAAGUAUCAGUUUAUCUA